AGAUAGAUAGAUAGAUAGGUAGAGAGAGAGAGAGCACUCCUUGCCAUGUAACCAAUGAUGCAUAAUGUAAUGGAGCAUGGUACUCUGGUCUUUGAUCUGCAUCAUCAAAAAUAGUUUAUGAUCCAAGAGUACACCCCAAACCUCAGCUCCAAACCUAGGUUGGCGGCGCCUCAAAAUGCCUCACCACGUCAGCCAAUCCCUUCCUGCUCGCUUCCCGUUUCAUACGCUUGCCUCUAAUUAUAAAACGCUCCGACCCGGCAGCAAACCGUCGUUGCGUUGGUAAUUCUCGGAUCCUUCUCUUCCUUCAUCCUUUCCACACACCAUGCUUCGCCUUGUCCACACUAGACUAGUCUCCCACGUUACUACUCCUCUUAGAAUCCCAACCACAGCCACAGCAGCCAGCCCUUCCCGUCUCCUCCAGCUCCCAUUCCACCAUGGUCUCUCCCACCACAUCUCCUCCUCCACCCCAAACGAUUCAUCAUCCCUGACGGUCCAUUUCCUCAAGAAGUCAUGCGGCCUCUCCUCCGAAGCCGCCCUCUCCGCCGCCAACAAAGUCCAUCUCAAAACCACCAAAAACCCCCGCUCUGUCCUCACCCUCCUCGAACACUUCGGCUUCUCCAAACCCGACAUCACCCGCAUCGUCACCAAGCGUCCCCAGCUCCUCCUCGCCAGCCCCGACCACACCCUCAAGCCCAAACUGGACUUCUACCAGAGCGUCGGGCUCUCCGGCGCCGACCUCGCAAGGCUUCUCUCAGGAAUUCCCGGGCUACUGCUAUGGAGCUUGGCGAAACGACUGCUCCCAAAUUUUAAUCUCCUCAAGACCAUACUCCACUCCAAUGAGAACGUCGUCUUAGCUGUCAAGAAGUGCCCUCGUCUGCUUACCUCCGACCUCCCCAACGUGUUGCUUCCCAAGAUCGAAAGCUUGCGAGACUACGGCAUGCCGGCGUCCGUAAUCUUCACCCUGCUCAUCACCCACCCGAAAUCUCUGGUCAAAGCAGCGGAUCAGUUCGAGAAUACUUUCAACGCGAUCAAGGGAAUGGGCGUCAGCCCUUCGACUUCGAUGUUCGCCCAUGCACUAGGGGUGUUCUCCAGAUUGCCCAAAUCAACAAUGGAGAAGAAGCUGGAGAAUUACCUGAGCUUGGGUUGGUCGCAGGAGCAACUCCUUGGGGCGUUUGCCAAGCAUCCGUACUGCAUGACGGCGUCCGAUGAGAAGGUCAGGAGAAACAUGGAGUUCUUCGCGGAGAAGCUGAAGUGGGGGCCGGCCUACGUGUCGGCGUAUCCGGUGGUUCUGUCGCUUAGCUUCGAGAAGAGGAUCGUUCCGAGGUGUUUGGUUUUGGAAAUGCUAGCGUCCAAGGGCUUGGUAAAGGGCGAUGUGAAAGCGCGGCACCUCAUGAUGGGGGAGAAGAAGUUCAUUGAGAAUUAUGUGAUCAAGUACGAGGGUGAAGUUCCGGAAAUAGUAGAUGCUAUGGGAGGUAACAAGUUGGGACUUGGUGGUUGGGAGAAGAGAAGCCUGGGAGUUGAUGGGUAUGAGCAUUUGGAUUCAACUUGAUGUCAAUGUCUGCCACUCUUCAUCAAAAAAAAAAAAAAAACUGACACUCUUCUCCACAAUUAAUGUGUUUUGAAUGGCGUUUCCUGCUUUGCUGCACCCAAAGCUUGCUUUGUUUUUCUUGGACUUGUUUUAUUUUCGGUAAACUUGGACUGGAUAAAAAGCCAGAUUGAAUUGUUUUGUUGCUUCGUUAAAAUGUCUGGGCAGGGCGAAUAGAAAGUUCGGAGUACUGUGAGAGACAUGCCCUCUCAAAUUCAGAAACUAACUUCACUUCCAUUACUCAAGUGAAAACUGUGUCUCUUGUUC